AUGAAACUACUAGAGGUCAAAUGCAUCAUCCAUUGCAGCUCUGUUGGGUUCAACAGAUUAUUUCUGGCAAUGCUCACCUUCCUUAUGUUUCCAAUUUACUUGACGAUGACUUAUUCUGCAUCGCCUAUUAUUCCAAACACUACUUACAUCCUUGCAUGGAAUGUUCCAACUGAAAAAUGUCCUAAGGCAUAUAAUGUGACAAUAAAUCUGAGCAUCUACUCAUUUGUAGGAUAUCCUACCAAAAAUACCACUGGACAAAAUGUUACAUUGUUUUAUGUGGAUAGACUUGGUCUAUAUCCUCACAUAAAUAGGAGAACUAAUGAAGAUGUGAACGGAGGUAUUCCCCAGUGUGGAAAUCUAACAGUUCACUUGGAAGAAGCCAGUAAAAACAUUGAAAAAUAUAUAAAAAACGAUUCUGUAGGCUUGGCUGUUAUUGACUGGGAGGACUGGAGACCCCUCUGGGAUAGAAAUUGGGGUUCAAAACAUAUUUACAGGAACAAAUCUAUUGAGGUGGUUAGGAAAAAUAAUAAAAGUCUUGAUGACCUUGCGAUUAAUAGGACAGCGAAAACAGAAUUUGAAAAGGCAGCAAUGGAUUUUAUGCUAGAAACAUUAAAAGUGGGCAAAUUCUUAAGACCAAAGAACUAUUGGGGUUUUUACCUUUUCCCUGAUUGUUACAAUCAUCGGUAUACGAAAAGAGAAUAUAAUGGAAGUUGCUUUGACAUAGAGAAAGCAAGAAAUGAUCGACUCGACUGGUUGUGGAAUGAAAGCACUGCUCUUUACCCAUCCAUUUACUUGACUAAAAACUUAAGUUCAAAUACACGGGCGGCGCUCUUUGCCAGAAAUCGGGUCCAGGAAGCCAUUCGGGUAUCUACAAAGCGAGGUGUUGAAAAUCCACUUCCGGUUUUUGUGUAUGUCCGUCCAGAUUUUACAGAUGCUCCUGGAGAUUUUCUUUCUGAGUUUGAUCUUGUGAAUACUAUUGGUGAGAGUAUUGCUCUAGGAGCCUCUGGAAUUAUACUAUGGGGAAGCGUCAAUUACAGUGUAAGUGAGGAUUCAUGCAACAAUCUAACCAAUUACCUGAACAAAGUCCUAAAUCCUUACUUACUGAAUGUUACCCAAGCAGCCGAAAGGUGUAGCCAAGUGCUCUGUAAAGGGCAAGGAAUAUGUAAAAGGAAACAUUGGAACUCAACUGACUAUCUUCACCUGAAAGAAGAAACAUUUAGGAUUGUAAAUGGGGACAUUAAAGAGUCCAAAGUGAAUGAGAAUUUCACAAACCUAAAUGUGGAAGAAUUUGCUACAAAAUUUGAGUGCAGCUGUUAUUCCAAUAUGGAUUGUAAUCAGACAAAUUUUUAG